GAAAGCAAGAGGGUACGCGAGGCCACCACAGCCCGCAUGCGCGGUACAGCCGGCUCGCUUUUCUCCUCAGCCUGACAGCCGGUCACGUUCCCUUCCAGAGACAAAUGCCGGUGACUAACCCUUCGGGUAAAAAAAGAUGGCAGGCAACGCCCGCAUCCUAUCUACCAGCGGCGCCCCCUGGAAAGCCUCCCGCACCUUCGCCUCAUUUACCCGCCUUUCCUCACGAACACAGAACAACUCUAAUUCCCGGUCAGGGGAAGGGCGGGACUCGCAGAGAUCGGCGGUUGGCCGGGCGCACGCGCCCUAUCAGCGGUGCCGACGCAUAGCACGGCAGCCAACGGCGGGAGGGCUCCUGUUGGUUCGACCAAUGAGAAGGCAGCGAACUAGGCAGCGGAGGCGUGCCCUGGGAAAAUCAAACGACAGCCAAUGGGAAGGGGCGGCAUCUCUGUGAGGGGAAAGCGAGAGCUACGUCCGAGGCCCCGCCUCCCAUAGAGGCUCACGUCGCUCCCCGCCUCGUCCAAUCAGCCAAAGCCGCGCUUGGAGGAGGCUCCCUCAUUGUGGCGCCGCCAGGCGGCCUCCGAGCGGUAGAGGGCGCUGCGGGCGAGAGGAGCCGGGGGCCUUAGGCCGGAAAGGCAUACCAGAGGAAGGAAGCGCGGAGAGGGAGAGAGAGACGGAGAGGCUGAGAAAGGGGCCUGGCUCGUCGUGCCUCCGCCGCGCUGUCUUCGCCUCCUCAGCAGCAGCAGGAGCAGCUACACGGCCUCCUGGCCUGAGGGAGCAGGUGAGGCCCGCGCCCCGAGGCAAGGAGAGGCCUUCACCGCCCGGCAAGGCCUGCGAGGGAGCGGGAUGGUGGCGCGGCUCCGCCUCCCGCCUCAGGCCGGGGCUGGGGGCGGGGAGGUGGACGAGGCUCAUGAGGAGCCCCCUUGUUGCUCUUUGGGAAGGGAAAGGGGUGCCUGUGGCCCCAAGGAAAGGGGGGCGGAGGAGGAGGAGACAGGCCUUUAAUAAUGUCCGGAUUUAGGGGGACACACGCUAAGGGCGGUCUAGAAAUAUAAUAAUAAAUAAUAAUAAUAAAUAGCGGCGCAAGCCUUCCUGAGCCUGGAUCUUGCCCUUCCGGAGGCGCGCGCGACGUGGUGCUCCUUGGUCUGACGGGUCAAGAAGAGGCUACGUCGCGGGAGGUGGUUUGGGGCAGGGAGCCGGGAUGGUGCUCGGCAUUCCCGCGCGGAAGCUCAAAUGCGGGCGAGGCCGAAGAACCUCCCCGAAGUCCCGUUGGCACCUUGGAGGCGAGGGCAGAUUGGUUUCCCGGGCGCGCGCCCUUAGUAGGUGUAGCGGGAGCUGUGGUUGCCGCCGAUCCUCCUCUCCGCCUGCCUUGAAGGUGCCAGGAGGGCGUCUGGUUGAAUGGGAUGGAUGCACGCGCCUUGCCCUCAAAGUUCUUCUGGUGGCUGGCGAUGCCGAAAGGAAAUGUAUUAAAAGGGAUGUACACGCGUGUGGAAGAACACUAGUGGGAGUUUGCACGGCUGUUUGGCAGAAAGAGAUAUGCUAGCCUACAGGCGCUUGUAUGUUACUACUCCCAUAUGGAAGUGGUGUGAAUAACAGCCCAUGAGGCUCUGGAUCUUCAAGGAGGAUGAACUUUUAGGUUGCCGAAACUUCUACCUAAGCGACUGGCAUCAAAGAGAGCAACGUAAUAGUAUUUGGUUGAAUGCUUGAGUUUUCAUCAGUAGCGCAAAACUGUUAGAUUUAAUAACAGGCACAGAGACUUUUGAAGUUUCUGUAUGGCUGCUCUCUCUUGUUGUGGCUUCCAUCCCACCCCUCUGUUUCUCCCACCAGUUCAGUUGUUAUGAUUUCAUGGCCUAGAAAGGUAGCUGUGGCUUAAAUUGUGGGCAGAUCUGAGACGUCUUGAGUCCCUUCCGUGGCAUGGCCAUAUCUGCAUUCCCCAUUAGAAAGAAAGGUGUUAGCUGAUGACCCAAUUCUUCUCAUUUGUACUGUGCCUUUACUACUUGCUUGUUAUUCUUUUGUCCUUGCUGAUCCCAUUUUCAUUACCUUGUUACUGGAACCAAUUCCCUCCUGUAAGAUUAAAUUGGAGAGAGAUCUGUGUUCAUGAGGACGCUUUGGGUUGUGGCACCCAAGUUUGAGCUCCGUGUCCUGUGAGAUGCGUCUGCCUCUCCACCCCACCUCCAUUUGUUGUCAUUUUGACAGUCAGUUAAAACCCAGCUCCAUUGUUUGGAAUCAUUUAAUUCCCUCUUAACUGGUUGUUACUUUGCUGGUGUAGGCUUACUUUUGCUUCUCAGGUUCUGUUUAUUUUUAGCAUGUGUGUAAACUUAAAUAUCUUGUAAUUGUAAUUUUUUUAUUGCGACACUUCAUGUACUGUUUGGCCUUCCUCUAAGGUUGAUUAGGUUUCAUUGGUGACACAUGGACUUCCAUCCCCAAGUACUUCAUUUUGCUGCCUUUCUCAUAGGCUUUAAGCAGACCAUAAAUACUAUUUUAUUCCACCAAGCUUUUUUAUCUGUUUUAUUGCUGGCCUCUUCCAUAUAAUUUUGCCCGACAUGUUUUCUUAUUCCAUUGUUGCAUUGCCUUAAAUAUGAGGUAGAAGUGAAAUAAGUGUAUUUAUACUGCUAUGUGGGCACCUUUUGGCAGCAAGGCAACUUAUGAACGCCAGUAAAUUAAGUAAAAUGAGGCCAGCAUACUUCAUGUGCUCUGGAUUGUCCAUAUGUUGACAACAAAAGCAUACUGAAUUGUAUAGGAAGCAAAACUGAAAUAGAAACUGCUUUAGAAAUUGCCACACAAUAAACUGAAGCUGUAAAAAAUACUUUGCCCAUCUGUCAGGCUUCUCCUUUAGCUCAUUUUUUGAUGCUGUUCUCCAUUAAAACUGAAUAUAUGCAGAGGCAGACCUUUCAUUGGAUUAUUAGAUUAUUUUCCUAUCUCAAAAUGAGUGCAGUAUCUUGAAUCUUCCUACUGUACCCCGAGGCAGGUUUGCUGUCUAGAACCCUCCAGUCAAUUUUAAAAUGAAUAUAAUAUAUAAGAGAGACUUCUGUGUACCUCAAGCAGCUUAUUCUGUCCUCGUGGGCUGAACAGUGGUGGUUUCAGCAUUAAACAGUAUAAAAUAAUGUCAUAUGUCUGAACCACAUGACAAUACAAAAGCGUUUCUGCACUUUAAAAAAGAGCAGUAUAAAAUAGUGACUCUGAAGAAGUUUUUUGUGCUCUCACAUUUUUCUCAUAAGUUUCAGUUUUAUGUUGCAGCAAUUGGAAUUAUUAUUAUUAUUUGGUUUCUAGCCAAAAAAAAAUCCUAGAGUCUAGUGGCAUUUUAGCAACUAACACAUUUACUGUAAUAAUAAGUUUCUGUGGGCCAGAACUCGCUUCCACUGAUGCAUGAAGUGGUUUGCCUAACUGAUUUCAUACACUACAGCAGGGAUGAGAAACCUGUUGGACUCCACCUCCCAUCAGCCCCAGCCAGCAAAAGGCAUUGUAGUCCUGUGUUGGGAGGAACGCAGGUUUCCUGCCCCAUGCACAACCAAAGCUACCUUUAUCGGGACCUUGGAAAUGUGAGAGGUUAGUUUCUGAUUGCCACGAAGAGUGACAUUUUAGAAGGUUGCCUAAUUCAGUGUUGACACCAAUUUACUGAGGGAUAAAACGCAAAAUUGGUACCUUCUGGUGCACCAUUCUAACUUCUUUGCCCCUGCUCGUCUCUUGUGCUAAUUUGGUAACAGGUUGCUUGCAUCAAAACAGUCCCUUUGUCAGGCAUAGUUCCUCUCUCUUGAUAGUUAACAGGGUUAUGCAGCCCCCCCAAUGUUUUUGCAAUAAUGGAAUAAAAAGUGACUUUUCUCAAUGUGCUGGUUUCUGAUACUCUUACUUUUCUUAGUGCUACUCUUUGUUGUGAUUGUUUGCUUAGGAAUUGUCAAUGAUUUUAUAAUUACAAGCACAAUAAUUCUAUACAGGGGAUUGUAGCAGCCGAUCUAGUGGCUGAGGGUCUGGUGUUUACUGUUGCCUGCCUUUCCAUGAAGUCUCUCAGCAUGAGGAAUUGCAGUGCAAUUCUAAGAAACAGCUCAGAAUUCUUGUGAUGUGUGCAGAAGAGCAGGUGUGGGAUUUCUGAGUAUUUACUAAUCAUUGCUAACUCAAUCAGUUGACAAUGAUGGCUCCAUUUGGUAGAGACUGCUUUGGAAGUUAAUUUGGAACUGAGACUGCUGUCAAUUCCUGACAAGUCAGUUCUUACCCUAAGCUUGAAAGUCAGAAUUUCUAUCCAAACCAGAUAUGUAUAAUUGCAGAUAAUUCUUUCUCUCUAAAAUCAGUGUUUCUACCCGUUGCCCCCCUUUAGCUACCAUAACCCACCCCCACACACUUUUAAACCUGGCUCACCUUUUUAUUUUAUUUUAUGAAAUGGAUUUAAAUUUUGUGACUUUUAUUUUUUUACUUAUAUUGUACAUAUUUUUAGAAACACAUACAUCCUCCUCCCUAAGAUCUUCAUACACUGACCGAUUUAGAAACACUGCUUUAUAAUGAUUCAUUCCGUUAUGCUACUACUUAUGGCUGCAUUUCAGAAAUAUUUCGUUGGCCCAGUUUUUAUGUACACCAAAUUUAAUGGUUUGUUCUUUCCUUACUAAUGGGGAGAGUGAGUCUGCUGGGGACAGUUUACUGUUUCUACCUGUAGCUCCUCACUGAGAUGUCUUUUUCCUUCCCCACCCCUCCAGCUACUACUGAAGAGCAUGCUUGGGUAGAGGCAGUUGGGGUGCAUUCUGAGUGCUUACUAAUGUAGUUUGUUUAGAAUGAAACAAAUCAUGAUCCCUGGUUUGAUAUAAUGAUAAGCCAUGGAUUGUGGGUUGUUUCUCUUGUGUACUUGUAAGGAGGAACAAAGAGACCAAAGUUGUCAUUAACUUGGUUGUAUUGUGAUGUGCAAGGAGACCAUACCAAUCUCUUGUUGAUCAUUCUGGAACUGUCUGCUAUGUUGUUGCUUUCGUGCAUUGGGGGAAAAAUAAUUACAUGAAAUUUAAUUGAUUUUUGUCCAAUAGACAGUUCUGGAGUCUUUUUUUUAACCAGUUUGGUGUAUCUGUAUCUAUGUGCUGUUGGGUGGUGUCAUGUGUUAAGCCGAAUUCCUUUUAAAAGUUAUCUACUUAGAUUUUGUGAACACAUAGGCUGUAUUCAGAUGUAAAGGUAAACCAUGAUUUAGUGUCACAACAAGCCUAGGCUUUCUGCAUGGAGGAGAUUAACUGCAGUUGAACAUAUCUUCUGACCACAAACUAUGGUUAAUGGAUUUUAUUAACAAUGGUUUGAAGUUGCUUUUUUUCUUUUACUAAUUGCAGUUAAACUAACCACAGGUCUUCGGAAUUUGAGCAACAUGGCAAACUGUGGUCACUCAGAAAUUGCAGUGAAAGCUUCCACAUUCCUUCUUGCAGCUGUGCCUGAAGAGGAAGGGUGUGGGGUAAGCUCAGGAGAGAGGCUAGGCUAAUUCCUGUAACACCAAACUUUGGUUUAGUGAACUAACCUAUAGCCUGUAUUUUUCAGAGAUUAAAAUUGUUCUUCUCGUCCAUAAAUUACUCCCAACAGCUUGAUAUACAAGCCAACGACCCGCUGUCAUUUCUGUUGCAGAAGCUGCACGCUGAAGAAUUGGGUGUUCAUGAUAACAUGUCCAAUGUUUCCGUGGAUAGAAGCAUCAGACUGCAGGAGAUUAAGAAAGGGCUGCAGUUUAUACAGUAAGACCAUGGUGACUGGAAACCUGUGUGGUGGAUGGGUUAUGUUUGGUUGGUAGCAUUGGUUUAAAUUAACAUGAUGCUUUAGAAAAGGGGGGUUGUCAUAUCAAACAAUUAGCGAGCUUUGCCCUUUCAGAAUAAACACAUGAGCAGCGCAAUGCUUGAAACUGGCUGUGUCCCAUGUGCCUUUGAGAAGAAUGUUCCUUAGGUUGCAAUCACGUGCUCACUUACUUGGGAAUAAACCUGUCGGACCCAGUGCGACUGAACUUCUGAGUGAAGAUGCAGAGGAUUGUGCUGUCUGUCUUGGUUUGUCCAGGCUCAGCAGUAGCAUUGUAGGCAGUAUCAUGUUUUCAUCUCCUUUUCAUUUUUUUUUGGGGGGGGGGAGAGGAUUUGGGUGUAAAGAAAUUAAAAUUCUCAAGUACAAAGGUAGUUUUCCUCUGCACAUGCAGAGGGAUGCGGAAAAGCCUUCUCCACAGGCUCAAGGGGGCCCUCCCAGCUUGUAUUAAAUUGUGUGCCCCUCUCAGAGAGACAUGCUCCCCCUUCAGCCAGAGCAGCAGCUAAUGCACUGGAGCAUGUUACUAAAGAGCGUCUCUGCUUUGAGGAAAGCUCCCUUUCAGUCUUUUUCAAUGUUAUCCGUAUGAUCAGGGUUAUUGAAGCCAUAUGCUGUUCUCAAGCAGCCACUGAGGUCAGUUCCUGAUGCUUCAGUCAAUAUAUGACAGGGAUGAAAAUCCACAGUUGAGGUCUUGAAAUUUGGCAACUCAGGCCUCUGAGUUUUGCUGCUUUUGUCCUCUUUCUUCUCUUUUUCUCUUAAACACAUUCUAAAAUAGCUUGAUUGUCUAACAUAGGUGUGACCCUUCAGAUGUUGCUUAACUACAUUUUCCAUCAUCCCUAGGCAUUGGCCAUGCUUGUGGGGACUGAUGAGAGUUGUAGUUCAGCAGUAUCUGAACCUACCUGGACCCUGCAAUCAUCAUUCAAAGUCCUUCUUCAUAUGCCUCCUCCAUAAGAGGUCCGGAGGGUGGCAACAUGAGAACGGGCCUUUUCUGCAGUGGCUUCCCAUUUGUGGAAUGCUCUUCCCAAGGGGGCUUACCUGACCGUUACUGUAUAUUUUGCUCUAUAAGACGCACCAGACCAUAAAACGCACCUAGUUUUUGGAGGAGGAAAACAAGAAAAAAAAUAUUCUGAAUUCCAGAAGCCAGAACAGCGCAGCGCUCCCUCUCGCUGUUCUGGCUUCUGGGAUAGCUGCGCAGCCUGCAUUCGCUCCAUAAGACGCACACACAUCUCCCCUUACUUUUUAGGAGGGAAAAAGUGAGUCUUAUAGAACGAAAAAUACGGUACAUAUCUUUAGGCACCAGGCAAAGACAUCCAUGUUCCCCCAGGCCUUUGGCUAAUUAAACAAUCUAUGGCCUUUUCAACUCUGUGUGUGUGUGUGUGUGUGUGUGAGGAUAUUGUUUUUGGUUGUUAUUGUGGUAUGUAUUUUUGUGUUUUUACAUUGUAAACUGCCUUGUGAUCUUCAGAUGAAGGGCAGUAUAGAAUUUUACUUAAUUAUUAAUGAUAUUCUGUAGGGCCACAGGUUCUCCACAUCUGAUUUAACGUAAAAUACUUGUGUGUGUAUGUAAAUAUUUUAUUUUCAAGUGUCAAGAACACUUCAUGUACAUUAUCUUAGUACCCCUUUCCACAAUAGUGUCCAUAGGCAGGACACUAUUAUUGGGUGUAAGCCCUCAGGCCAAGAGGAUAGUGUUUUGCUUAAGAGUGCAUGGGUGAGAUGAGAUCUGCAAUGGGUAUUUCCUCACUUGGUCACACUCUUAGCCAGUAGUCUUAACUCUGGGCUCAAUGAUUUCUACAGCAUUUUUGAGCUAUGCAGAGCUUUCCAGACCCUGUCGUCGAAAGCAGAUUCUGCACUUAAAGGUACUUUUAAAAAAUAGUCCGCUGCUCUUCAGGACCCAGUUUGCCACUGGCAAGAACUUAUGUGACUAUUGCGGUGGAUUCCAGAGUGUAGCUAUGAUAAUUGGUUGCAUUUUAAAAGCUCCACAGUCUUCUGAUCCAUUAGCCUAACUGAUCAAUUGAGGGAUAAACUCUGGACUCUGCAGAUUGCCGAAAACUGAGCCCAGAAGUUGCAGAGACUAGAAAGUCAGUUGAUGAGACAUACAUUACCUUUAAGAAUGGAAACAUUUAUGUAUUACCAUUCCUAUAUCUGACUGGCAAGUUUUUUGGAUGUGUAAACCUCUCUUUGAACAAGACCUGGGUAAGAUCUGACUCUCUGUUUGUGUUUUACUCUUCCCUCCCCCCCAGGUCUACUUUACCUUACCCAGGGACUCAAGAACAAUAUGAGGUAAUGGUGUUCGUUUAUGAACUUCUCUCCCAGAGACAUUGGGGACUCUGCAGUGGGUGGGAGUCAUUACUUUCUUUGAACUUGUAAAACGUGAUUUAAAUUCUUCCUUUAUUGUUUGGUUAUGCUUGGUGAAAAACAUCACUAUUCCAGUUUGAUGUGAGGCAGCUCACUGAGAGAGAUGUAAUCCAGAACACGACGGUGAGGAUAGCAAUAUACCUCUUGCUGUGAUGUAGAAAAUAGGCAACAAAUGUCAAAGGUUUGGUGUAUUGCUCUGCUCACCACUGCAGGGAAUUUGGCCUUGUUCUGCAAAAGGUUCCCUUCCUGUAGUGUAUUGCCUUUCUUCUGUCCUAGAACCUGAUGUCACUUCUCCUUUUUUUUUAAAAAAAGAUAUUUAUUAAAGUUUCAACAUAUUACAAAAAUAAGCGGGAAAAAGGGGGGAAAAAGAAAAAAAUAGAAAAUGAAAAUACAAGAUAAAAACAGUUAAAAAACAGAUUAGUCUUUCCAUAUCUUGUUUCCCCGACCUCCUCACACCUCCCUUUUUUGUAUUCAAGUUCAAAUUAGUUAAUUCAGCAAAUCCUUUCUCUCUUUGAUUUUAUCUUAAUCUUUUAUCUUAAUAUAUUAUAACUUUAGAUUAUCACCUGUUAACAAUCCAUUUUUACAUAUUCCUUUAUAACAUUGCUGCUAAAAACCACUUAACUUCAAUCCAGCAUCAUUCUAACAUUCAUUAAUUUUGCAGUAUUUCUGCCUGAUGUCACUUCUCCUAAACCAGGGGUAGGCAACCUAAGGCCCAUGGGCCACAGGCGGCCCGCGGGGGUCGUUUAACCGGCCCCCGAGCCGCCCCCAAACUGAGCUGCCUGCUCGGCAAGUCCCUGUGCUCUGCAUUAAACCGGUGCAGCUCGGUGUGGGGACUUGCUUCCGCGGUGCCGGAAACCAUGUCUGUGCAUGCGCAGACGCCAGAAAUCGUGGCCGUGUGUGCUCAUGCGCAUGCGCGAUCCGGCCCAUGGAGGGAUCUCCGCUGGAGUGAACUGGCCCAGGCAAGGUAAACCUUGCCGACCCCUGUCCUAAACCAUGGAAGAGGCCCUGAGCCGGAGCCUGUGCGGUUGUUUUUUACCUUUUUAAUCUCCUGUUUUUUCUGCUCGACUGCUUUGUCAGCAGUUCCUGCUAAGGGACUUCAGUCGUAAUUGCAUCAGGAGGGGCUGGUAAACAGCUGGUGCUGCUUGCAAAAAAAGACAGCUAGUCCCACUUUAGAAGGUGACUAUUGCAUUGUCGAACGUAUGAAUCUGCCUAGGAGCACAUAACGCAAAAUUGUGAAAUGUUCUCUUUGCAGAGGCGUGUCUAGCAUCUACAGCUUAUGAUGAAGACACACCUCUUUACCCUCUCCUUUGAUAGUUAAGGUGUUUUGUUUUGGGGAACCAACCUCCCUUGUAUAAUCUAUAUAAUUUUGUCUUGUUUUUGUUUGGAAUUGUCUUGCUUAUUUUUUUUAUAAUUGUAUUAUUGUACUGUUGUAACCUGCCCUUGGGACCUCACAGUGCAGGGCAGGUAAGAAAUCUAAUAAAUUCAUUUUCUUUUUAAAAAUGUGUUUCAGAUAUUUAUACGAGAGCUUGUUAAAAAUCUGUUUAACGAAGGGAAUGAUGAAUACCGUGAAGGCAAGUGGGAAGGAUCGCUGAACCACUACUCAGAAGCCUUAAACAUAGCAGAUUAUGCCAAUUCUGAAGGGAUUCACAUUUCUGACGAAAUAUUAGAGAAGCUGCAUGUUAAUCGCAUAGCAUGUUAUUCAAAGAAGGUGAGUGGUGUGUGGACACCAGAAGGGUGGAAAAGAUUUUUUUUUUUAAUUAAUAAGUGCUGUAUUAAGAAACUGGGCAGAUAUUUCCAAGCCUGAUCAAGAGCUGAAUUUCCUUUCUGAAAAGCUAUUGAGGGAUGGUUCGUCAGCAGCUUAAGGAACCCCUUGAAGGGUAGGCUGGCCAGCUAUGUUGUCACAGAGGCUUUAAAAGAUUUUUUUUAGUUUAACCUCUUGGGGACCACAUGGUACCUCUCAGGGAACUGAAUUUUAAUUUAUGAUCCAGCCCAGGAAUAUAGCUUUGAUACUGAAAGCUGUCAGAUUCUUGCUUCAUACUUAGCUGCUAAGUGAUGGAGGUGGAAAGCUUAGCUGGGGUUUCACAACAUGAAAUACCAUGUAUCUUUUUGUGAUCAGAAGAACUCAGAGAUCCAGCAUUUCUGUGGUUCAUUUCCCUCCCUGGUCUUCCACAUGUUGCCACCCUAUGCACCACCUAAAACAGGUUUGGGGAAUCAUUGGUCCUCCAGAUGUUCUCAAACUACAACUCCCAUCACUCUUGGCCAUUGGCUGAUGAGAGUUGUAGUUCAGCAUCACCCAGAGAGCCAGAGGUUCCCCAGCCCUGGUCUAGAAAAUAGUAUGUGGUAUAUUAAGUGUGUUUUUCUCUCCUGCCCACCCCCACCCCCCGCAACGCCGCCCCAGACGCAAUUGCAUUCCUUUAGCCCUCAAUUCUAGUAGUGAAUCUAAGCCUGUUUGUUUGUUGCAGGGCUUGCAUGAUAAAGUUUUGGAAGAUUGUGGGAUAGUUUUAAAACUGAACGAAAACAAUUUCAGAGCUCUCUACCGGAAAUCUAAAGCCUUAAAAGAACUGGGAAGAUACAAGGAGGCCUAUGAUGCAGUUGCUAAGUGCUCUCUCGCAGUGCCGCAAGUAAGCAGAUCACGUACUGUGUUGGCAAAUGAAAUGGCAUUCAAUGGUCAUUGCCUGUGUUUGUGGGAACAAUGCGCAGUGGAAUAUUUUUCCUGGGUGUUGCCCUACUAGGGAAGCUUGGGAGUUUGAUUCCCUCCCUCCCUUUCUUUCUUUUUUCCUUUCCUUCUCCUCCUGCGAUGAGGCUACAUUUUAAUGUUUCCAUAUUUUAAUGUUGUAUUUUAAUUUUGUUUUUAAGUUGUAAUCAUUCAAUUUGUUUUUAUUACUGCUUGUAAGCCGCUCUGAGCCCGGCCUUGGCUGGGGAGGGCGGGGUAUAAAUAAAAAUUAUUAUUAUUAUUAUAGAUUUGUAGCAUAGCAGUAAUCCAGUAAGUACGGCCGGCCAUCAAGCUCCUCACACUUAGCCUUUGGCAAGUGUAUGAUAUCAUGUGGCACCUUCCCCCACCCACCCCGUAGAGUCCUGAGACAGAGGUUGCAGGCAAAAUUUUGUUCACGUGCUAGUGAGUAAGGGUGGGGGUAUUUAUGGGUUACACUGCUGCUUGAAAAACUUGAGAACCUUUCUAUGCAGAAGUUCCUUAGAUUGGAUUAUCUUUUUUCUAAAAACAGGACGAAAGUGUAAUAAAAUUAACCCAAGAACUUGCUCAGAAACUUGGAUUAAAAAUAAGAAAAGCCUACGUUAGAGCAAAAGUAAGUAGAAGCAUUUUUUACAUACUGGUUUUGUAAGCUUUCUCUUCUGUGUUGGUUAUUUAUGAUGGUUUGCUUAAUUGCAGCCUCCCCCAAACCCUGUUUCUGGAGAAGUAUCAAGUAAGGUAAGGUAUUGUGCCUUCCAUGUGUGAAGUGAGUUCUUUUGCUGGAAUUCAUUUUCCUGUCCGUACAUUGAAAAUGCGACUCUUAAAAAGAGAUAUAUGAUUCCCCUUAAUCUUACAAGUAUUUGGGUUCGAGCCAACGCUGUUGAACAGUGCAAAAAUGAUUUUGAUGUAAACUUUGAUUGGGUGUAAGCAUGCAGAGUAAGUGGCCUUUGGGUUCCUAGUAGCCUGUGUGCUUGCGUUGUUAAAAGAAAAAUGCCUGCCCGAGGCAUUUGCUGUGCAAACAUCCUGAUGACAGAUAUUUUGCUUACUUGCAGAGUUCAAAUACUUCUAUAGAAGAUAUUGAAUCAGGUGAGGCUUCCUGGAUUUAAAGGGGAAUGUUAUAUAAAAGUUCUGCUUUCAACGUGGUCAGAUUUCAUUUCAGACAGCUCUUGGGAACUGUGUCCUGCCUGCUUUUUCUUCAUUUGGGGAAUCUCCAUGGCAGUUGCCUUGCGUUUUCCAUUGUGAGGGAGAAAUCCUUGCAUCCUCCCAGCUUGGUAGAUUGUCUUCCAGAUAGGCAAGCAGAUUGCUGCCGAUCCCCUGAUGAUUGGCUGAAACAUACGAGAUGUUAUCUGUCUCUGAAUGCACCUGCCAAAUGCAUAGGCUCCCUGUGGAUGUGUUCCUUGGGAUGUUCCCCCUUGCAGUUCAACAUGUGUUGCUCAAAUGUCUGCGUUCUCUUAAGCGCUCGCUAAGCUUGCCCUGGGAGCCUGGCCACCUAAACAAUGUGGGCCUUUGCCUCUGUUCUGGGGGAAGACAUUCACAUGCUGCACUUCUUUCCCAUUCAUAAAAAGUCACCGUCUUUCCCUCUUUUAGGACCUUGGAAAUUACUCCCUAGCUGAGGCAGAGGGGUUCAGAAGAGUUUUGCAAUUUAAGCUCUCUGCAUGCUUGAUGAUUGCCAGUGUUUUCCAUGAAUGGUUGAAAAUUGGCAUGACAAGUGGGGUGGGACACUUUGACUGUUGCUGGGGGCAGAGAGAGAAGCAGCCUGGGGUCAGGCUGGCCUUUAGUCUACAGGUCAGGGCCAUGUCAUGAGGGUUCAGGAAGGAGGCGGUAGCAAUGGUGUCUUGUGUCCAUUGGCUGUGGCAGAAGGCAGGGAGGAAAACGUUAGGUGGAGCCAGAGUUAAUGACAGGCAGAGCUAGUUAAUUUUAGCUUUGCCCUUCCCCCUUAGUACUACCGGGGCAACACUGAGACUAAUGAGGAGGAAGCUGAAAGUCAGCACCCCCCAUGGAUUCUUCAUCGAAGGCAUACAGGAGAGGGCAGGUUGAGGUUGGUGGGACAGUGACCCAUUUGCUCUCAUGGACCAGCUUCCAUUGGUAGACAGCUUCCAAAGCUUUUUUUUUCUUUCUGUGCCUCCUUUGGGAGGUUUGCCUCCAUCCCUGAGAAUCCCUGUUCUAAGAUGCCUCUCUUCCCCGAUCGAAAUCUGUUUCAGAUUUUUCCAAUUGGAAGGAAAAGAUUCUUUCUUCCUCCUCCUCCCCUUCCAGUUUUACACCUGAAGUUUCAAGCGAUCUGUCUCCAUUGCCAAUGGCGUCUCUGAUCACCCUUCCAGCCGAGAAGAGUUCACUCGCUGCCACCUCUCUGGCAAAUGGAGGAUCUUUCAUUGUACCUGAAGUCUGUUUAGACUGCAUGGAUGGAGAUGAUAUAAUUGGAGAUGAGCUAGAUGAGUUGCUUGAUUCUGUUUCUGAUUCUGGGGAAAGUGUCAUGGUGAGUCGGCUUCCAUUUAUUCUUAUAAAAACAAUGGAAGAAACACGGUGCUAUACUCAUGUGUUGCUGUUUCCAGGACUGCAGCCUUAAAUUGUGAUACCUUCAGACUGAUGUGCCUCUAAGUGUGUCAGUAGAGCAAGAGGUUUGGUAUUAAAAAUUACUUAAGCUUAAGUACCGUAGAUUCCGGCGUAUUAGGCAACUGGGCGUAUUAGACGACCCCCCAAAUUGGCAGCUGCAAUUUGGGGGUUUGUCUUAUAAGCCUAGUUGCCCAAUACGCUGGGCAGCAACAGGGGCGGGCUCAGCUCUGCGUCGGGAGAAAGCCGCCUGGCAUGCAGCUGAGCCCGCCGCCCGCUGCUGCUGCUUCGGAGCCGCCGCCGCAGUGGGGGGUGGGCUCAGCUCCAUUCCGCCCAUAGCCGGAGUAUAAGGCGACCCCCGACUUUGGAGAAGAUUUUCCGGGGUUCAAAAGUCGCCUUAUACGCCGGAAUCUACGGUAUUAAUCUCGCUGUAUUUUGAGGCUGCUUUGUACAAAGAUAGUGUUUUACAGCAUGUUUUAAAGAAGUGCUGCUGACUCCACCUAGUCCUAUUGCUGCUGUUGCCAUUUAUUGAAGCAUGAAUUCAUAAAUAUUUGCAAGUUUAGGACUUUGGGUAGCAAUAUUAGUCUUGCAAGAGUUCUGGACUUGAAUGUCUCCAUUGGUCUGUUGGAGCCAGUCUGCAUUUCAAUUUUGCCACAGGGCACUUCCUCCUUGACAUGACCUUAAAUGUAAUCGUACUGCUGGAUGAUCUAGCCCAGAAUUGUCUGCUCUAACUGGCAGCAGCUCUCUGGAGUCACAGAUCUUUUAUGGAAUAUGCUAUUUGGAAUCUUCUAAGCAGAUGAUUUCAGGGACGGGUCCUUUGUCACUGUGGGGAAGGGAAGAGUUCUACCACCUCCCCUGGAACAUGGGUGUAAGGAUCUGGUUUAUACAGAGUCAGGGCUUUGAUGUUUUCAGCCCAAAGCUUUCUGCUGAUUGGCAGCUGUUCUCCUAGGCCUCUGGCAGAGGAGGGUCUUCUACAAAUCCUGCUACCUGUCUUUUUUCAAAUCAGAGUAUGCUAGAGAUUGAGCCUUGGACUCUCUGCAUUCGAAGCAAAUGCUCUGCCCAGUGAUAUCAUGAACAGGAACUCAAGUUGCUGCCACUCCUGUUGUGAACUUCCUCACUCCCAGCCAUGGCAGCCAGCAAAUGCCAAUUCCCACGAUGAAAAUAAUUCCAUGUAUAGACUAGCUCUAGCAUUACUUCAACAGAGAAGGCUUAAAACAAAAACCAGAUCACUAAAAGUGAAAGAUCGGCUACCUGCAUUUAGUAGCAAAUAACUUUCUUCUCUCUUCCUAGCCCAGCACGGUUGUCCGAGGAGCCAUCCCAACAGCCACCAUGGCUCCCAGCAUACCUUUCUCUACCCCUUUGCUCGGGACAUUGUCAGUCGGGCCUGGAUUUGUUCCUGCCGCCUCUUUUUCAGAAAUGUAUUCCCAGCCUUUGGUUUCUGGCCUGGACAGCUUUUGUUCCUCUUUAACUACUUUCUCAAUCAGUGAUUCCAAAAGAGGUAAGGCUAGGCUUAAUUCACCAAACCCUGUUAGCUGAAGCCUGUAUAAUCUAAGCAGCCUUUGUCUUACUAAGAAAUAGUAGAACAUAGUGCCGUGGGGCUCAUUGGACCCAGUGUCCAUAAUUUCUGAUAUAGCAGAAUGCUUUGCAAUCUCUACUUCCUAACAGAAUUGUGAAGUAGUUCACUGUUGUUGCCAUUUUGGCUUGGGAGCAGAGGAAUCUGCCUUUUACUAAGUUAGACUAUUGGCCCAUCUAGCUCUGUAUUCUCUACCCUGACUGGCAGCAGCUCAGGUUGAGGUCUCUCCCAGCCCUCCCUGGAGAUGCCAGGGAUUGAACCCCAGGACCUUCUGCAUGCUAGGUAGAUGCUUCACCACUGAGUGCAGUUUUUCCCAUUAAAGAAACUAAAGUUGAAAGAUGGUGGCUUCCAUGUAAGGGGCCUCAUACUUUUGCAUGGAGGUAGCUGCUGACUUCAGUGCUUCUUAAACUUCUGAUAGCCUCUGUGGACUUGGAAGGUAAAGUAGAGUAACUCACCUCACAGGAUACCCUUUCAUCUCCAAGGAGAAGGAAUGCUUGCAGUAAUUUCUGUUUCUCUUCCCACUCUCAAUGUUAUUGUUGGAUUCAACGACAGGGACACACACACACACAUCCCCUCAGUUUACUUACCCAGAACAAUGAGUGGGCAUCUUAGUUGCAACUGCAGGAAAGCCUAAUGAAUAUGUCUCCCAUUAUCCGGCCUUCCUCUGUACCUAAUCAUGCAGUGGCAAGUCUUCCAUACUCCUCUCAUUCCUGUUUGCUGCAGCACAAUAUACUAUCCCUGUAUACUACAAUAUACUAUUCCUGUAUACUACAAUAUACUAUCCUUGCAGUCCAAUAUACUAUCCCUGUAUCGGCUGAGUGGUGGGGCUCAUCUUCUCUGUAAUGGUUUGGAGCAGAGUGGCCUAAUUCUCCAAGGCACAAUUCGCCCCCUUGUAUCACACUAAUUUGGGGGUCUCCUUGCCAAGACAAUUGGUUGAGUUGGCGGGGUUCUGUGCAAGGAUGAAGCAUGUCUGCUUCACCUGACCGAUUGGCAUUGCCCUUUGUACUUCCCCUAGCUGUGAAAUGUGUGCCCAAACUGUGACUUUCUUGAUCCCAACAGAUAUACCCAAUUCUGUUCCUAGAGAUGUCACGUCAGCGUUAAACAGUAAUUCUCCGCUUCGACUUGUAAGUACCUUUACAAACUUUCUAAAUGCUUUGCAGUUCCAACAUUCAUCCAUUUGAGUCGCUGGUUUGUUCGUCCUCCUUUUAGCAAAUGAGCUUGAGACCAUGGGGACCUGGGUUCAAAUUCCCACUUAGACACAAAACUCCCUGGGUGGCCUUGAGCCAACUGCUUUGUCUCUCAGCGGGGAGAGCCAUGUACACUGCCCUGAGCUUCUUGGAGGGUCGUUGGGAUAAAAAUGCAGUGACAAUGAGGAUGAUGGAAUGCUUUUUUAAAAAACCAGUUUUGUUCCUUCUGGCAGAUGAAUGGGCCUACAAGUUUGUUUGGGUCCGAGAACUACAUUGGGAUUUCCAGCCCAGGUCGAAAUGACUAUUCUAGCGUGUUUGGCAGUGGACCCCCUAGUAUACCUGUGUCGACAACGCCCUCCCUAGUUGCAAGAAAUCCCCUGGAAAACACACAUGAGCUAAGACAGGCCUGCCAGUCAUGCUUUAUCAAAAAGGGUAAGGAGCAAAAGCAGUUGAUGACUUAACUUGGGGGGGGGGGGCAGAAGCUGAAGCGACCAUAGCAGGAGUCUGUGUCAAUGCUUUUCUGCUUCUCUUGACUAGGAUGACUAAAAUACUUGAUAGAUGGACGAGGGCUUGCAACUGUUUCCAUUACCUUAGCUUACCUUUUUAUUGCUUGUUCGGAUCCUAAAAGCACCCUUAAAGUACUUGCUGUGAACGGACAAUAUAAUUUAACCACUUCUGUGCAAUGGCAACCCUGAAGAGCAUCACUUUUUACUUUUAAAAUUUAUACCAGCCUUCUCCAACCUGGUGCCCUUCAGAUGUUGUUGGGAUACAGCUCCCAUUACAGUGCUGACUUGAGCUGAUGGGAGUUGUAGUCCAACAAAAUCUGCAGGGAGUUGUAGUCCAACAACAUCUGUAGUCCAACAACAUCUGCAGGUGAAAGCCAAUUUAUACUGUGCACCUUCGUCAUAAGUUUAUGUUCUCAGGGUGACUAACAGAGUAGCCCCAAACAAAAAAAGUACAAAUUUAAAAUUUUCUUCAGUCAGACUAGGCUACUUGGGUCAGAGUGAAUUAAAUUAGCUUUAUGAUACUUGCCCUCCCUAUGAAUAAUAAUCAUUCUUUGGUUUACAAUAAUUUAUGUUAUUCUUAUAACCAUUCUGCAAAAAGCUCUAGUCUAGAAAUUUUCAAGAUGCUGAUGGUGCCUAAGAACUUUGCCUUCUCCUAUGAAUCAGUAGUGCAACAUGUUCUUUUUUAUGCUUAUUUAUGUUGUUUUUUUAUAUCUCAGUCUGAUGGAUAGUAGUCAAGAUCCUCAGGAUCUGACACUUCCUCCCUUUGGACACAGCAGUUCCUUCCCUCCUGUCCUAGUGUUGGGCGAACUGUAGGUUGCUGCCAUCAGUCUAUUGUUCAAAAUAGGGAUUUCUGUGCCAAAGAGGGAAAUUUUUGAGCCGAGGAGGAUGAGAUCCCAAAGCUCUUGACAGCUCAUGCAUGUUUAAUGCUAAACCCUGGCUUGACAUGGUGUCCAAGCUACCCUUUGUGGGUUGGGGAAAAUCCGAAAGCAGGAGCCGUGCAAAAGCACAUCUAUUGAUCUAGCUUUCUAGGAUGCAAGUUAAAAGCUGAGCUGAGGUUGGUCACCUUCCUGUUUGGCCUCCUUCAGUUCUACAGUUAAUGGCUGUGAAUAAUAAUAACCCCUCCCUGUUGUUUUCUUCUAGGUCCAAAAGUAUUGGAUUAUACUUACCUUCCCAGUCUAGAGCACAUGUGUAAGAAGGAUAUCUUAGUAGGUAGAAUAAAGAACUCUGAAGAUAAAUCAUGGAAGAAAAUUAGGCCAAGGCCAACAAAAACACAGUAUGUGGGACCGUAUUAUAUAUGUAAAGGUGAGGAUUUUCACUUGUGGGUAUAUGCAUUUUAAUCUCAUUCAUUUGUAGCCCAUUCUUUCCUGAAGACUCAAUGUGGGUAGCAGUAUUUCCACCAUUAUUUCUGUGACAACCCCUGCAAAUUGAUGUGGUUAUUUCCACUUCUCAAAAGAAAAACUGAAGCUAGAAGCCAGCCAAUUGCCUGCAUAAGAAAAGCCUGCUGGAUCAGGCCAAUGGCCCCAUCCAGUCCAGCAUCCUGUUCUCACGGUAGCCAACCAGAUCUUUAUGGGAAAUGCACAAGCGGGACUUGAGCACGAGAGUCCUCUCCCCUCCAGCGGCUUCCAGCAACGUAUUCAGAAACAUUACUGGAGGCAGAGCAUAGCCACUCUCAUAUCCGUUUCUUUGGGUGGCUAAAGAAAAGCUGGCUUAUCACUGUCUGGCUGCUUCUGAAAUUAGGUGUGUGGUUAGGUGUGGUGCGACAUCCAGCCGUCUGGUAAUAAUAAUAAUAAUUUUUUAUUUAUACCCCGCCCUUCCUGAAACCGGGCUCAGGGUGGCUAACAACAAAUUUGAAACACUUAAUUGUAAAAGCAGCAUAAAAUACAGUAUAAAAACAUGGAUAACAAUAAAAUUCAAAAUUCAGAAAUCAAUUUAGGGAAAAUAAGCAUUAGAUAAUCCCCAGGGCUAGCUGGCUGAAUUGGUCCUACUUGGGCCAGCGAGGAGGCCAGGGGAGAAUUAGCUGUGGGGUCUCAGAGUGGGUAAUCUUCAUAAAAGGGGAGGGGGAGGGAAGAGAAGGGAAAUAAAAGAUCAGGAGAACAUAACCACUUUCUGUAACUCUGGCCUAAAACAAAAUGUGGGGCUGGGGCUGUAUCGCUGGGCAGAUGCAGGAUGUUUCCAUCCAGUGGUCCAGAAUGAAGCAGAGGCUGUACAGCCAUGAGUGAGGGUGAAAGGAGGGUCAAUGCCGCGUAAAGGCUUUCCAAGCUCACUUUAAUGUCCCGUUGUUUUCCAGAUGUUGCUGCUGAAGAAGAGUGCAGAUAUCCUGGCCAUUGCACCUUUGCUUACUGCCAAGAAGAAAUAGAUGUGUGGACUCUGGAACGCAAAGGGGCCUUCAGUCGCGAAGCUCUCUUUGAAGGCAGUGGAGAGAUUAGGUUGACCGUGUCCCGACUCCUGCAGGAACAUCACGGGCAGUUCAUGUUUCUUUGUGAGGUGCGUAUCAACAAACGCUAAGCAGAACCAGGCAAAGGAAUUUCGUGCAGCACAGUUGUGCUGUGUCAGGACUGAGGGACCUAAUUAGAAUCUGCAGGGGUCCUAAUUUGGCCUCUGAGGCCAUCCCCCCCCCCAAACCCAUGUCCACCUGCCCCAUAUCAUUUGUGAGGCCAGGCAUAGUCCAGGUAAAGACGAAGCAGCAAAGGGGCUCUCGUUGUGAGUCUUUUUAACCUGGGGAUUAAUUCAAGCCCCACUGAGCUUGGCUGCAGGAAUCUACCUUUUGCACCUCUGCUUAAACUUAGGCCCAGGCUGCAAAAGAAGAAAUUGAAAAAUCUGGAGCAUACUUCGAAUGUGCCUCCUAUUCUUUCUUUUCAAGGUGGGCAGCCUCAGGUGAUUAAGAGUUAGAUUGCCCCACCUGCCUAUCAAAAUUUCCCCCAGUGGGUCCUCUUCCGCAGCCCCGUGCUAGGUGAACUUCCAGGAAUACAGUGGUACCUCGGGUUAAGUACUUAAUUCGUUCCGGAGGUCCGUUCUUAACCUGAAAGUCUUCUUAACCUGAAGCGCCACUUUAGCUAAUGGGGCCUCCCACUGCUGCCGCACCGCUGGAGCACGAUUUCUGUUCUCAUCCUGAAGCAAAGUUCUUAACCCGAGGUACUAUUUCUGGGUUAGCGAAGUCUGUAACCUGAAGCAUCUGUAACCUGAAGCGUAUGGAACCCGAGGUACCACUGUAAUUAACUUUUUGAAGUGGAAUGUCCUGACUUACACCUCUAGUCCCCACUUUUAGUAGUUACGACUUCCUUGUUAGGCUUUGUACAAGUUGGAGCUGCAAUGCAGUGUAGUUUGGGUCUCCUUAGGUGGUUGGGUUUUUAAAAGGUGCUUUUUUACUUCUGCAAGCUUCCAGGGUUCUCUAGAGCCUGCUCAUUCCUCCCUCCAGUUCUUGAAUGGCUUCAGUCCUGCUGGCACUCAGUACUGAGUUUGCUGAUAGCAGGCAGGUGCCUUUCCCCCUCUUCUUGUUAUAAAGCGCUUUGUUUUUGUUUUUCAGAAAUGUUUUGAGCAUAAACCAAGAAUAAUAAGCAAAAACAAGGACAACGCCUCUUACUGCUCUCACCCUGCUAAGCACGAAUUUGAAGACAACAAGUACGUCGAUAAUCCCUAUAUCUUGUCUUUCCUGAAUUUUAAAAUACCCCUCUGCGUGUAUUAUAGAUGCAUGUGUGUGUUCUAGUUUCCCUUAACUGUAAAAUAAAUUGUGUGGACUGUAGCUCGGCUUUGCAUCCAAAAGCUCCUUGUUCAAAUCCCCAGUGAUAUCUCUCGCCCGGUUUGGGCUGGGAGAGAGCCCUGCCUGAAACCCUGGAUAGCUGCUGCCAGUCAGUGUACACAGUACUGAGCAAGAUGGGCGAGUGGUCUGACUAUAAGGCAGCUUCCUAUGUUCCUAUCUGGGUCUUCCUCCAUGUAUAACUAGAUUGUUUCAGCCAUAGCAACAGCACAACUAUGAAAACAUUUCUUUAUACGUGGCAGUCAGGUUGAAUUCAGGAGCCAUUGUGGGUCUGCUGCAUUUCGUCAUUGUGCUGUUGAAAAACGACUGCAUUUGGGUUCCAAAUCCUACUCAUUUUUAUUUCGAGGCCUGUUUAGUUCCCCCAGUGGUUGGCUCGUGGCUCUCCUCUAACAUUUUGUGUUGAUUCGAGCUUUCCUUCGAUUCAGUGGGAACAGGGGUGAUUUCUGUCAGCUGUACAGGUGGAUUGUAGUGUUACAGACUUGGAACACGUUUUAGAUGUUUCCCCAAUCAGGUCAGCCUGAAGCAGGAGUCACGGGGAGGGGGCUGUGGCUCAGUGGUAGAGCAGCUGCUCUGCAUGCCAGGCUCAAUCCCUGGCAUCCCCAGCUAAAAUAAAGGCUCGUGGUAGCUGGUGAUGGGGAGGGCCUCUCCUGAGAGAGCAUCUGCCCAUCUGGGACUGGGCUUGGCGGACCAAAUACUCUGGUCUGCUUCCUAGAAUCCUGAAUCAAAUGAUACAACAGGACCAGGAGUAGUAUAGUGACUAGGCUACAGAUCAGGAAGCCCCCAUCUGAAAAGUCUCCUUUGCCAUAAAUGCACUAGGUGUCCUUAAGGAAGCUGCCCCCAGGCCCAAGGAUCUUGUCUUGCUAUGCAAAGCCCUUGAACAAUGUGGGUUUAGGGUCCCUUGAGGACUGCCUGAGCCACUGUGUCCCAUCUCAGUCACGGAGAUCAUCUGGAGGGGUGCUGUUGGUCGCCCUCAGUGAUACAGAGGCCCAGCUGGCCUCGGUCGGGCACCAGACAUUUAGCAUAGCCAGUUCCACGCUGUAGAAGACUCUUCCACAAGAAAUUUGGCUGAGAUAUCCUUGCUUUUGACCAGGGGUCAGCAAACUUUUUCAGCAGGGGACCGGUACACUGCCCCUCAGACCUUGUGAGGGGCUGGACUACAUUUUAGGGGGGGGGGAAUGAAUUCCUAUGUUUCACAGAUAACCCAGAGAUGCAUUUUAAAUAAAAGGACACAUUCUACUCACGUAAAAACAUGCUGAUUCCCGGACCAUCCGCGGGCCGGAUUUAGAAGGUGAUUGGGCCAGAUCUGGCCCCUGGGCCUUAGUUUGCCUAACCAUGCUUUUGACUAUCAUGUGUCUCCUGGAGAUUAUUUUUUAUGCUGGCAGGCCCAUGCAGUUGUCUCAAAUUCUCUUGAGUAGCUAGUUAUUUUAGUGAUUGUUUCUUGCUGCCUUAAUGUGUCCCCCUCCCCCGUAUUGUGCCCUAAUAUUUUAUGUGUGGGUGGUAUAUAAUUAUUCCUAUGAAUGAGUAAAUAAAUCACCUUCUCAGUCUCAACACCCCAUCUCUGUAAUAAACAAAUGCUAAGUAGGAUUAAUUGUUCUAAAGUAGGUGUGGGGAACCUUUAACUCUCCAGAUGUUGCUCUAGCAAGCAUGACUGAUAGCCAGGGAUGAUGGGAGCCGUAGCACAGCAACCUCUGGAGGGCCAAAGGCUCCCACACCUGGUGUGUAUUAUUGAUUAAAGCAAAUUUAAUCAAGUUCAGCUUGGUUAAGGUGAUGGGUUUUGCAGGUUCUGCAACAUUGCAAGAGGAAACCGUGGUAGACCGCAGUGAAUGUUGACAGGAGUCUCCUGUUUAUUUAAAUUGGAGCAUAUAAACCUCUUUCUGGUGUUGGUGGCUUAAAUAUUCAUUGCCUAAACCAAAAAUCUUUUGAAGCAGCUUUUCCGAAACUUUCUUCUACUGACACUCACCUUUUUUAAAACAACAACUAGGUGCCUUGUCCACAUUCUGCAGGAAACGACAGUAAAGUAUUCUAAGAUACGACCUUUUCACGCUCAGUGUCAGCUAGAUUUGUGCCGGCAUGAAGUUCGUUAUGGCUGUUCACGGGAUGAUGAGUGUUUCUACGCUCACAGUCUUGUAGAGCUCCAAGUGUGGAUAAUGCAGAGUAAGACAGGUAGGUCUGGUGCAAUAAUGGGUGCUAAAAACAUCUUUCUGCAUGGCCAGAGUUCAUUUUUACAGACUGCUUAACCCCUCUGGAACUUGAGAGAGGUCUUCCCACUCCAACUCCCGGGUGAUGUAAAACACGACACACCUUCCUGACAGUGAGGACGGGUGCAUUGCAGCUACAUCCCUUAAAUAUGUGUCUGUGAAGUAUAACUGCAUUUCAGCAAGAAGUAGGCAAGAGCAAAGUCUUGCUGCGUGUUUUUAGUGGUUUUGCUUUUGUGUUUUUAAACUGCAGUCAUGUGCACAAUUACUUGGGAGUUAGCCCUGCUGAACAUAGUGUGGCAUAUUUCUAUUCUGAAUACACAUGCAUAGGCUUGUGUUAUUAGUCAGUAAGGUUUUCUGAUUAAUGAACAUUCCAGAGCACAUUUCCUUGCUAAGACUCAACUAAUGCCAGUGCCUUCUGCAGACAUCCUUGCCAGAUUUCAGGUGUGCCCUGAUACCUGUAAACUUUCUCCAAACCGAUUGUGCUCAAGCAGAAGAGCUUUCUUAAAAUGAUUCAGUCUCUUAUAAGGUUAAUGUCUAUUCAAAAUCGACUGCUUGUGGAAAGCUACGCUUAACCUGGGAGUAAAACAAUGCAUGCAGGUUGUUCUGCACAUCGGAUACUGUUUUAAACCUUUUUUUAAAAAAAAAAAAGUCAAUCGCUAAUACUGAAAUGUUCAUAAAAUAUCAGCCUUGGAGGUCUCGGUAGUGCUUGUGCAAUGAUUAGCAACAUCAAAAUUGCCUAAAACGCAUGUCUCCCUCACCACAGGUAUUUCUCAUGAGGCUAUUGUUCAAGAAUCAAAAAAAUAUUGGCAGGCUAUGGAGUCUAAUGCACAUGGAACACAGGUAUUUUUCUCAGAUUGCCCCAAGCAGCACACUGGCUCACGAAAAUCAAGGGAUUGGAGUCAGGGAUUGGGAUGCAAAGGUUUGGGUUCAAUUCUUUACAUUUCUAGUUGAAAAAGAACCAGAUAGCAGGAACUGGAGAACUAUCCUUCUCUGCCUGAAAUCCUGGAAAGUCCAUACUGGGAUAGAUGGACAAAUGUCACAGACUAUUAGGCCAGGCUUCCUCAGCCUUGGCCCUCUGGAUGUUUUGAGACUACAAUUCCCAGCAUCCCUGACCACUGGCCCUGCUAGCUAGGGGUCAUGGGAGUUGUAGGCCAAAAAAACAUCUGGAGGGCUGAGGUUGAGGAAGCCUGACUUAGGCAGCUUCCUGGGUACAGAGUUUCCCUCGUCACCCCUUUCCUAAUCUUCCCUGGUGCAGAAGAGCCACUCUGAAGUAGAUGUUAAUUUUCCAGGCAGCGUUGGUACAGGAAAAGACAGUCUUACAGUUAUCUCCUUUCUUCUUGGAUGCUUACGGGGUGUUGGACUGUUUUUGCAAACCUAAACGGUCUUGCUUUUCGUUUCGUUUCCAGGUUCUCAGCAGCCAAGUGAAGCACGGAUCUCUGAAUCUGAAAAUGAAGUUUGUGUGUGCACAGUGCUGGAGAAAUGGCCAAGUUAGUGAGCCAGACAAAAACAAGAAAUACUGUAGCGCAAAGGCAAGGCAUCCGUAAGUCACAUGUUUCCCCCUCUGCCCCACAAAGUUGCUGAGGUUGGAUGCUUGUUGGAAUGCCCUUGGGGUAGUUGCGGGCCGGGAAUCACUAGGUUGGGACUUAGGUAGGAUUUCGGGAUACAUUUUGCCUUGUAGCAGAACAUAAGAGUGAUGCUGUCCUUACCAGAUAAAAGCUUCCACUCACCAGCUAAGCUGGAGAGUUGCCAGUAUUAAAACUGUAACAUACUGACCCAGUUCACAUGUAACAUCAAGCCCAAACAGUGGCUUAGCAUGAACAUGCAGUUCCUGGAGUCUAGAUUAUGGCUGUUUUGCGUCUCCUCUGGUGCCUGCUGGUUCAGUGUGUUGUGUGAACCCUGGGCUAAUGGUUUGUCUUAGUGCAGAUAAAGCAUGAGCUAAACCAAGGUAUCCUUGUUUUAUUUAAAAAAAAUAAAGCUUUUAUGAAGAACAGCAGCCUUUUGUUUGAGUUCCUGGACCUGUUAACCUUGACUGCGCCCUAAAAGCAGGCCAGGCAUCACAAUCUGCUCAAGAGUCUCAAGGUGGCAUCUGGGGGAAGACCUUUAAAUGAAUCUUUGUUAGGUGUAACCUGCAUAGAACUCAGCUAGGUCUGUCUCAAUCCUUUUGCCCUAAACACAGGUUCUUUGGUUUGUGCCAGUUCCACUUUGCAGAGGCAUGAGCGUAGAAAUUUCUUUAGCAGGAGGCUGGGCCUCUGGACACACUUUGUUCACUCACCAAAAGGGAACUUGAAGCUGUUUGAUCCUAUGAUGUUUGCAGUGCUUGAUGUAAACCGGGGUUGAGAACCUUUGUCCCUGCAGAUGUUGCUGGUUACAACUCUCAUCAUCCCAGACAAUUGACUAUGCUGUCUGGGGCUGAUGGGAAUUGAACAAUGUCUGGGAAACCAAUUCCUCAUCCCUUGUGUAAACAAAAGCAUGUAUUAUAGAGCUGGUCUUCAGCUGGUGGGUUGCAGCCUGAUCCACGGUGGGUCACGAUAGCAGCACCUUGCAAAUAUAUGAUAACAUAUUAGGAAAUGGGUCCCCCAAUGAAUGUUUGGUUUAAAAGUGGGUCCUGGGUCUGCAAAGGUUGAAGAUAGCUGUAUUGUAGGAACUGUUUGGGUCUAAAGUCCUGGUGUGAGCUUCCUUCUGCCACAGCCAUGCUGUGCAAUUUCAGUUUUCCCCCUGAUUAGCCUUGUCCUUUUACAGAUGGACCAAAGAUCGCCGGGUGAUGCUGGUGAUGUCGAACGAGCGUAAGAAGUGGAAUACGAUUCGCCCGCUUCCUACAAAGAAGCAAGUGCCUUUGCAGUUUGAUGUGAGCAUGUCUUUAAAAUCUGGGCUUGGCUUUUUUGUUUUCCUCAUAGUGCUAGCAUUACUCGUUUGGAGACAGAAAAUCCAGAGUUGGUUCUUUUACGCAAUCUGUGGGAAGAAGUUGAUCUUGUACUUUUGUGUCAAAAUGUUCCAUGGCUGUAAGCAUUAAGAAUAUAAUAAAAUGCUGGACCAUGAAGGUCAUGCCAAUAAUUUUCAUCCUCCCUUUCCUCCCAAGAAGCUCAGGGUGAUAUACAAGGGGGUGAGGUGUGUCCCAUUUUAUCUUUACAACAACGCUGUGUCUGGUGUCAGGUCAUUCCAACCAGCUUUAUGGCUAAGUGGGUGGUUGAACCCAGGUUUUCCCAAAUCUUUUUUUUUAACCCCUUCACCGCACUUGCUGUCUGCAGAAAGUGAACUGGAAGAUUCCAGACAUUACUUUAUGUUACGGUUGCUCUGUUGAUUUUCUAAAAAUCAGUAAAAAAACAACAACACACCAUCAAACUCAGGUGUUCCUCCAGUACCAAUUUAUGCAAUUAGGUGUUGCACCUAGUAUCAUCUUCUGCAAAGUGUAAGUGUGUGUGUGUGAGAGAGAGAGAAUGAGAGAGACUUCAAAUUGUUCCUCAUGCAGAAUGCAGCUUCUCUGAGAGCAGCUUAUUUCUUCCUUAUCUAGCUGUGCAAUCAUAUUGCAUCGGGCAAGAAAUGUCAGUAUGUCGGAAACUGCUCCUUUGCUCACAGUCAUGAAGAGCGAGAAAUGUGGACUUAUAUGAAGGAGAACGGCAGUAAGUAAACUUAAACAAUGCAGGAAAGCACACUGUACACCUGUUAGCAUUUUGAUCCCCUUUGCCUGCUCUCAGGUAUGGGUUUUCCUUGUUAUCUCCCUUGAUUUUAUUAUGUCUGUGUCCAGAUCCAUAGGAUCAGGACAGUCUGUGAGUAUGGCUGUCCCAUUUCAAUGCCACGUAAACCCAGUUUCCAAACUCUGCUUUAGGUUAUUCGCCUUAUACACCUUCUGUGCAAGUUAAUUGGCCUGCUGCGUUAAUGUUGUUGGUAUUUCGACUUUAUAAAAUACUAGAACGUUUCAGCAAGCAAUGCAAAACUGAGGCAUGCAGAUUUAGGGGUUGAGGCAAGCUAGUGGAGGAAAAAAAUGACAGGGAAUAGAUGUCAUCUGCCAUUUUAUCUGAGUGGGACUGCAUUAGACUUUUACAUAGUAGCGAUGCUCUGCAAUCUCUGUGUGAACCCUUCCACAAAUCUCUUAGAUAACUCUGCAGACCGUCUCUGGGUAUGCCGUUGGGUGCACUCAGCACCCAUUUUACACCCAUGAGAACUAAAAUCUUUUAUUUUAAAAAAACAAAGUUGGUGAAAACUGAUUUUCAAGAGCGUUGGUUGCAGUUUCUUGCAUAACCCCUCGCUUUUUCCAUGUGAAGAUAAGUCACAUCUUGUGUGCAUGUGUUUUAACUAUGCAAAGAGCAGAGCAUGUCAAACCCUGCACAUACGACAUUCUUGCUCGGAUCCCAGAAGAUUGUGUCUUGUAAGACGGUUUCGGAAGGUGGUUUUUCUUUUUUUGUUUUGCAUUGGGUCAGUUCACUUGGAAGUAAAAUUAAAACGCCUCUGUAUGAAUGGGCUCCUCUGUGCCUACCAGUGUGAGCCAUGUUUGGUGGGAGCAAAGUGGGCUGAAAGAGAGACAGUGUAGCUGGAAGUUCCUCAGUUCCUUCCAUUCCAAGAUGGCCAUGCCAGGAAUUCCCUGUUUCUUCCUACCUCCUCCAGUAGGUGACCUAGAUAACGUCUGAGUCCCUGUGACUUGUUUUCCAAACAAAAGUUUGCCCUUAAGAUGAAUCUUGAAACACAGGAAGCUGUCUUGAGUCAGAACAUUGGUCCAUCUAGCUCUGACUGGCAGCAGCUCUCUGGGAUUUCAGGCUGGAGUCUCUCCCAGUCCUAUCUGGAGACCCCAGGGAUUAGACCUGGGAUCUUCUGCCUUCAGGGCAGAUGCUGUACCACUGAGCUACGUCUGCUCCUCUGAGAAGUAUGCCACCAUAAUAAAAGAUCUGGACUUUGUUCCUUUUCAGUGAGUCUAUGACAUAUUCAUAGCAUUGGCCUGUUCAGUUUACUUAGGUAAAGGUAAAGGGACCCCUGACCAUUAGGUCCAGUCGUGGCCGACUCUAGGGUUGCGGCGCUCAUCUCGCUUUAUUGGCCGAGGGAGCCGGCGUACAGCUUCCGGGUCAUGUGGCCAGCAUGACUAAGCCGCUUCUGGCAAACCAGAGCAGUGCACGAAAACACCGUUUACCUUCUCGCCAGAGCGGUACCUAUUGACCAUAUUUUUCACUCUAUAAGACGCACCAGACCACAAGAUGCACCUAGUUUUUGGAGGAGGAAAACGAGAAAAAAAAUGUUCUGAAUCUCAGAAGCCAGAACAGCAAGAGGAAUCGCUGCGCAGUGAAAGCAGCAAUCCCUCUUGCUGUUCUGGCUUCUGUGAUAGCUGUGCAGCCUGCAUUCGCUCCAUAAGACGCACACACAUUUCCCAUUACUUUUUAGGAGGGAAAAAGUGAGUCUUAUAGAGCAAAAAAUACGGUAUCUACUUGCACUUUGACGUGCUUUCAAACUGCUAGGUUGGCAGGAGCAGGGACCGAGCAACGGGAGCUCACCCCGUUGCGGGGAUUCGAACCGCUGACCUUCUGAUCGGCAAGUCCUAGACUCUGUGGUUUAACCCACAGCGCCACCCGCGUCCCUUCAGUUUACUUACUCUUAACUUAAUUGCUGCAAACUUAUUUUAGCUCUGUUCUCACUUAGUUCAAGACAUGGAGCAGUUGUAUGAAAUGUGGCUGAAGAGCCAAAAGCCGGAAAAAGGGGAGGACCCAGCUGCUCAAGCGAACAAGGAAAAUGGGAAGCAAAUUCACAUGCCAACAGAUUAUGCUGAAGUUACGGUAAGAGAUGAGUAACCUUAGGUGACAGUAGGCCCAUCAUAUAUUUAAUUUCGGGUUGAGGGAAGUCACACACACAUAACCUCAGGUGUCACUGCAAGCUUAAAGCAGUGGACACCUUUGUUACGUGUGUACUGCUAAGCUUGUUCAGACAGUGUGCUCCGUUUCCCCUGUCCCGCCACCAGCCCCACCUUGACUGGAGCUGGCAAAGAACAGUCAGGGGGACAAUAAUUGUUCCUUUCCUGCUACAGUCUCACUUUCAAAGCUCCACGGGUCAUGCCCAGAGAAAUGCCAUCAGUUUUUCAGGUUAACCAGAUUUGCAUACCGUGCCUUGUCCUCCUGCGGUGGCUCAUCCUUGCAUUUUUGAACCAGGUGGACUUCCAUUGCUGGAUGUGUGGGAAGAACUGUAACAGUGAGAAACAAUGGCAAGGCCACAUCUCCUCAGAAAAGCAUAAAGAGAAAGUAUUCCACACAGAAGAUGACCAAAACUGCUGGCAGCAUCGCUUUCCAACUGGCUAUUUCAGCAUUUGUGAUAGGUAGGUGCAUGUUGACUCCUUGGUAUUCAUCUUGACACAAAGCCAGUUGUUGAGUUGGGGUUCCACCCCAUCGUUCAACGGAGGUCCAGCUCUGAGGGCCUUCUGGCAGUUCCCUCCCUGUGAGAAGCGAGGUUGCAGGGAACCAGGCAGAGGGCCUUCUCGGUAGUGGCACCCGCCCUGUGGAACGUCCUCCCAUCAGAUGUUGAGGAAAUAGACAACUAUCUGAUUUUAGAAGACAUCUGAAGGCAACCCUAUUUAGGGAAGUUUUUAAUGUUUGAUGUUUUAUCAUGCUUUUAAUAUUCUGUUGGGAGCCACCCAGAGUGGCUGGGGCAACCCAGCCAGAUGGGCAGGGUAUAAAUAAUAAAUUAUUAUUAUUAUUAAUUACUAAUUGGGGCAGAGAAGCUGCAGCCCUCCAGAUGUUGCUGGGUGUCAACUCCCGUUUGAUCCAACCAGCUUGGCCAAUAGUUGUCGAUGAUGGAAGUUGGUAUCUUAGGAGCGUCCUCACCUCUGCAGUAGAGUCAAAGUUUCCAGUUUUGUACACAAUAGAUGUCCAGUUGUUGAUUCAUUUUGUUACACGGUUAUAAGCACCUUCCCUACAACCAAAGAGGAGGGAAGCGGCCAUUUCUCAUUGUGAUGUUUUGUACCUGACAUAAGGCUUUUAUUGCUGCUCUUUUCAUAUGGAAUGAAGCUGAGCAGCUUGCACUGUUGGGUAUUUCAUGUGAGAUGGGUGACACCUUCUCUGUGACACGAGCACUUCCUGCCUUAACACUGAAGCAUUCAAAAAUCUGUACCUAGCGGGGCUCUCAUAGAAUCAUAGAAUCAUAGAGUUGGAAGAGACCACAAGGGCCAUCGAGUCCAACCCCCCUCUCUCUCCUCUGUUCAUCAGCACUCCUACCAGUUUGUACACUGGGUUACAUUGUUUUGGGAAUCUGAUUGCUCGAGCAACUCUGACUCACUUCUCAAGACCGACUCUGACACAGACACAGAGCACAAGACCCUGGCACUUAUUUGCUGGUGUGCUUUCAUCACUUAUGUAGUCAGUGCUGGGCCGCUGCCAUGGCAAGUGGCUACGCUGACCUUGCAUCUGUUUAUCUAUCUCAUACUUUGGGUGAUUUCUGCUCAUGAAAGAAAUUAAUCCCUUUCUCUGCAUGUCCAGUUUCUCCAACAAUUUUUUUGGUAGCAGGAAUACUCUUAGUCUUGGAUUCCUUUCCCCCCCUUUUUUAAUGGACAAAAUGCAAGGCAGUUGUCCUCCCCCCCACCCCCCUUUAGUUAUUGGCAGAGACCAAAAAGUGCCUGUGGCCACAUAGGUUAUCUGGAUUAGUUUGGAGUUUGGUGGGGGGGCUGACACCUGCAGAUAGUGCUGGGAGAACAGGGGCUUUAUAUGCUGUUGGAAGCUGAGAUUCUCAUAAUCCAAGGCCCAUUCAGCAGGGAUUGGGGAACCCGUGGCUCUGCAGGUAGAUAUUGGCUGAAUUAUAGCUUCUGACAUCCCUGACAUGCUGGCUGGGGCUGGUGGGAUCUGGAGUCCCAACAUUUUCUGGAAGGCUGCAGGCUCCCCAUCACUGCCAUCCAGGUCAAGUAUGCAACCCCACCCAGUCUUUUAAAUUGCAUGUUUGCACAGGACUGGCUGUGCCGUGAAGUAGGGUGCUUCACGUGACAGGAUUUAGGGGGCUGGGUGACGACAGGAAUGGAUGGUAACACCAAGACUUCUUGAGGGGUUGGAUCUCGCCUGCUGGUGAGGAGGGACAUCCAGUGCUCUACUUUAUGCUGCAAAAUGUAUUGAGCCAGCAUUGUGGGUGUAGUACGUUUUGCUCAUUGCCUUUUGCACUUCUUUCUUUUAAACAGGUAUAUGGCUGGUACUUGUGUGGAGGGAAACAACUGUAAAUUUGCACAUGGACCUGCUGAGCUCCGUGAAUGGGAAGAACGGAGACACGUUCUAAGAAUGAAGCUGAGCAAAGCCAGAAAAGAUCACUUGAUUGCUCCAAAUGAUAAUGACUUUGGAAAAUAUAGUUUUUUGUUUAAAGAUUUAAACUAACACUAUAACAAUGCAUUUGUGUUGCCAGAAGGAAGCAUAAAAUCAGAAUUUGACAAUAAUCAAAAGCAUGUGACAGAAGCUGCAGAUUUUUUCUGCUUUUAUUGGCCUGUAUUGUUCCUCCUGAAGAACAAAAUGUAGUAGAUGUGUAGGGGGGGAGUCGGCAGGUCUGUCUGUGCUCUCAUGAAACAGAAUGGUGAAGUUAUAAUAAAAACACAACCUGAAGUCUUACGUGCUUAUUCGCCUUCUGUUGGACAGAAGAAAGUUGGAAAAUAACGGGAAGGGUGGUAUUGUAAUGCCUAGCAAGCCCCUAGUGUUGGUCCUUCAGCUGAAAACUUUUUAAGGUAAGCUUCUAAAAACAGAUGUUUUGGGCUCAGAAGAAAAUGAUGGAUAAAAUUCUUCAGAUGUUUUAAUGGAGAGGAUUUGUUUAAAACAAGUUUGCUAUUUAUCUCUAUGUAGGUUGCUAUAAUAAAAGGAUUUUCUUAUUAAAAGAUUUAAAGCAAAAUAACCAUUUAACUACAAUAUAUGUUGAAUGGGGUAUUUUUCUCUAUUUGUAUGUUUCAAUAUAACUUGCUGAAAAGGAUCUUGGAAGAGAGACACGUAUUACUUUUUUUUGAAAAUCAAGUAGUUAAAAAUUCUGUUUCUUGGUCUUUGCUGUUUAAAUGAUGAUUUUGAAAGAUUCCACUUGUAUGUCAGUAUUGUGUAUUGUAUGGACCAAUAUUGCCUGUAAUAAAGAUAACUUUACAUAAAGCCUCUUCCU